AUGACGCUCAGGCUUUCCCUGACAACCCUCUACUUUUUAAUCUCUCUUUCUUACAGUACUGUUCACCAGAAGAGAUCAGAACCAGAGCCCAGCUGUGUGUCUAUAAAGAGUGACCAGUCCUUGGACUGUCCAGUUAAGUUUAAGAGUGACACGUCUAUAGAUGAUCCACAAAAUUUCAGUACUGUUCACCAGAAGAGAUCAGAACCAGAGCCCAGCUGUGUGUCUAUAAAGAGUGACGAGUCCUUGGAUUGUCCAGUUAAGUUAAAGAGUGACGACACAAGGCUUAACCAUGACCAUGAAUUCCUCAACAGGUUUAAAUCAAAUCUGAUGAAGAAAUUCUUUUGUCUUAAUGAGGGAACAGCAAAACAGGGAAACCCAACUCUGCUGAAUGAGAUCUACACAGAGCUCUACAUCACAGAGAGUGAGAGUGGAGAGAUCAUCAAUGAGCAUGAGGUGAGACAGAUUGAGACACAAUCCAGGAGAGCAGCAACAGAGGAUACACCGAUUAAAUGCAAUGAUAUCUUUAGACCUUUACCUGGACAAGACAAACACAUCAGAACUGUGCUGACAAAGGGAGUCGCUGGCAUUGGGAAAACGGUCUCUGUGCAGAAGUUCAUUCUGGACUGGGCUGAAGGGAAAGAGAAUCAGGAUGUCCAUCUCAUAUUUCCACUUCCUUUCAGAGAAAUCAAUUUGAUGAAAGAUAAAACACUCAGUCUUUCAGAUCUCCUGCAGUUUUUCUUCCCUGAAACUAAAGACAUGGAAAUGUCCAGUGACAAAUCUAAAGUACUGUUCAUCUUUGAUGGUCUAGAUGAGUGUCGAUAUUCGCUGGAUUUUCAGAGCAAUGUGAGGUUGUGUAAUAUAUCAGCCUCGGUGGACGUGUUGCUGAUGAACCUCAUUGUGGGGAAUCUGCUUCCCUCUGCUCUCAUCUGGAUCACCUCCAGACCAGCAGCAGCUGAUCUUAUCCCCUCCGAGUGUGUCCAUCAAGUGACAGAGGUACGAGGCUUCAAUGAGCCACAGAAGGAGGAGUACUUCAGGAAGAGGAUCGGUGAUCAGAGCCUGGCCAACAGGAUCAUCACACACCUGAAAUCGUCAAGGAGCCUCUACAUCAUGUGCCACAUUCCAGUGUUCUGCUGGAUCUCAGCCACUGUUCUAGAGAAGAUGUUGAGUGAAGAAGAGAUUGAAGAGAUUCCCAAGACUCUCACUCAAAUGGACACAUACUUCCUGAUCAUUCAGACCAACAUCAAACAUGAGAAGGACUAUGAGAAGAAUGUGACAGAUGAAGACAUGAUUCUCAAACUGGGUGAACUUGCUUUCCAGCAGCUUGUGAAAGGAAACCUGAUCUUCUAUGAGGAAGACCUGAGAGAGUGUGGCAUUGAUGUGACAGAAGCAUCAGUGUACUCAGGACUGUGCUCUCAGAUCUUCAGAGAGGAGUUUGGCUUGUAUCAGGGGAAAGUCUUCUGCUUUGUUCAUCUGAGCAUUCAGGAACAUCUAGCAGCUCUAUAUGCCCACCUCUCCUGUACAAGCAACAACAUAAAUGUUUUUGACCAAAUCACCAAACAGAGUUCGUUGUGUGUAGCUAAAAGCUGUUUUCAACUCACGAUUAAAAAUGUUUCAUUAUCUAAGCUCCAUUGGAGAGCUGUGAAUGAGGCUUUACAGAGUAAAAAUGGACAUCUGGACCUUUUCUUGCGGUUUCUUCUGGGUCUGUCAGUGAAGACUCAUCAGGUUCACCUACAACGACUAAUAAAAUGGUCAAGAAGUAGCAAUGAGAAAACUGACAGCAAUGAGGAAACUGACUGCAGUGAGAAAACGGUUAAGCACAUCAAGAAGAAGAUCAGGACCACUAACUCUCCAGAGAAAACCAUAAAUCUGUUUUACUGUCUAAAUGAACUGGGUGACCAUUCACUAGUGCAAGAAAUACAACAGUAUCUGGAAUCUGGAACAAUAAGUGAAGCCAAACUCUCUUCAUCUCAGUGGUCAGCUUUAGUUUUUGUGUUGUUAACGUCAGAGGAUGAGCUGAAUGAGUUUCGUCUUGAUAAAUUUGUUAAAGGAAAGAAUACACAUGAAAAUAUGAAAGUUCUUCAGAAGCUGCUGCCUGUGAUUAUAGAAUCCAGAUCAGGUCAGUUGUGGAAUUCUGGCGUCACAGAUGAAGGUUGUGCUGUUCUGGUUUCAGCUCUGAGAUCAAACCCCACGCAGCUGAAAGAACUGGAUCUGUCUGUGAACAAACUCGGUCCUUCAAGUCUGAGUCUGCUCUCUGCUGUACUGGAGGAUCCUCACUGUACACUGGAGAAACUGAGGAAAGAUCAUUGUGGGAUUACAGAUGCAGGUUGUGCUGCUCUCACUUCAGCUCUGAGAUCAAACCCCUCACACCUGAGAGAACUGAAAAUAUCUGUGAAUAAUUUAGGAGAUUCAGUGAAGCUACUUUCGGAAGUACUACAGAAUCCUCAUUGUAAACUGGAGAUACUAUGGUUGAAUAAUUGUGGCAUCACUGAUGAAACUUGUGCUGCUCUGGCCUCUGCUCUGAGAUCAAACCCCUCACACUUGAGAAAUCUGAAUAUGUCUGAAAAUAAACUAGGAAAGUCAGUGACUCUGCUUUUUGCUGUACUGGAGGAUCCACACUGUAAAUUGGAGAUACUGUGGUUGAUGAAUUGUGGCAUCACAGAUGAAGGUUUUUCUGUUCUGGCUUCAGCUCUGAGAUCAAACCCCUCACACCUGAGAGAACUGAAGGUGUCUGGGAAUGAGCUAGGAGAUUCUAGUAUGAAUUAUCUAUCUGAUCUGAAGGAUGAUCCAAAUUAUAAACUGGAGACUUUAUCCUAA